AUGCAUCCGCCGCUGUACCGGCCGCACCCCAAGUGCGCAGCGCUCGUCGACCUGCUCGUCAAGUGCCACGACGAGAACCCGUACGGAAAGUUUUGGGGCGCGUGCAACGACGAAAAGGCCGCGAUGGACUGGUGCUUCAAGGAGGAGAAGGAGGAGAAGCGCCGGGCCAACUUCGAGAAGACGCGCAGCUUCAACGAGGAGUGGCGCAAGAAGCAGGACGCCCGCGAAGUGGGGCGAUGA